AUGUUUGCUAACUUCUGGGUCACCUGUGCUCAGCUGUUAGGUGACUAUGACAAGGUGAAGGCGGUGUCUGAAGGCUCCGACUGUCGGUGCAAAUGCCUUGUCAGGCCCCUGGGCCGUUCAGCCUGCCAAAGGAUUAAUGAAGGUGCUUUCAAAGCGGAAGAUUUUUACACGGUGGAAACCAUCACGUCAGGACCCAGCUGCAAGUGUGCAUGUGUGGCCCCCCCCUCGGCACUCAACCCUUGCGAGGGGGACUUCAGGCUGAAGAAGCUGCGGGAGGCAGAGAGCAGUGACCUGAAGCUGUCCUCCAUUGUUGAGAUGCUGGAAAGUGCCUUUUAUGGCUUAGACCUUCUGAAGCUGCACUCGGUCACAACCAAGCUGGUGGGUCGGGUGGAAAAGCUUGAGGAGGGCAUGUCCAGGAACUUCACACAGCAAGGCCACCGGGCAGGAGCCAACAUGGAGGACACUCUGCAGAAUCCCCACCGCAGGGACCAGGAGAACUGCUCCAGCCUCCUCACCAACAGCCUUGCUGACAUUGAGAGCUCGCUGCAGCGGGAUGCUGAGGCUGCCUACGUGCAUGCAGAGGGAAAAUAUGAAGAAAGAUUCCUGAAAGAGGAAACCAUAUCCCAGCAGAUCAACUCUGUUGAGUCCUUCCCGGAGCUGCACCUCUCUCCGGAGGAUGAAAAGCCUGAGCAGCUCUUGCAGAGGAAGCUGCGUGUGAGGAGCCGUCCUCCUUCCAAGCCUACCAUUGUCCGAGGGGUCACCUACUACAAAGCCCAGUCCACUGAGUCAGAGAAUGAUAUUGAGGAGCAACCGGAUGAGCUGUUCAGCGGGGACAACACGGUGGACCUGCUGAUUGAGGACCAGCUCCUGAGGCCCAGCAGCAGGGUGGGCGAGGAUGCAAGGAAGCCUUCCCCGGUGGGAUGGCCACCCACCUCUGGCAGCGACCCUACCACCCUGCCAACUGCCGACACUGCCUCGGUGGCCACAGUGCCUCUGUCCCCUGCCAUGUCCACAGAGCCCAUGCUGGUCCCCACCGCUGUGAGCCGGCUGACCCCCACCCCGGAGACCAUGACUGCCCUGCCAGGGCUAGUGGAAGAGGAGACUCCACAGCUACUGGCAGGCUUGCCCCGCACGGUGAUAGCCACAGCCACAGAAAGCCUGCCCACAGCCACCACUGCUGUCCCCAGCCCUGCUAUGGCCACCACCACUGGCACCUCAAAGGACAUGGGGAUGAGCCCUGCCCCAGAGACCAGCCCAGGAGCUUGGGGACCAGCAAGCACCCCCCCAACACCAGUCAAUCCCACCAUCCCUGCCACUCCAAAGCAAGCCCUGGAGGAGGAAGACAUCAGGAACAUCAUUGGGCGCUGCAAGGACACACUGUCUACCAUUUCGGGGCCCACCACCCAGAACACCUAUGGGCGCAAUGAGGGGGCCUGGAUGAAGGACCCCCUGGCCCAGGAGGAGCGUAUCUAUGUCACCAACUACUACUAUGGGAACACGCUGGUGGAGUUCAGGAACCUUGACAACUUCAAGCAAGGUCGCUGGAGCAACUCCUACAAGCUCCCGUACAGCUGGAUUGGGACAGGGCAUGUUGUCUACAACGGCUCCUUCUACUACAACCGGGCCUUCACACGCAACAUCAUCAAAUACGACCUGAAGCAGCGGUAUGUGGCUGCCUGGGCCAUGCUGCAUGAUGUGGCCUAUGAGGAGUCUACCCCAUGGCGAUGGCGAGGCCACUCAGACGUGGACUUUGCUGUGGAUGAGAAUGGCCUGUGGGUCAUCUACCCAGCCAUCAGCUAUGAGGGCUUCAACCAGGAGGUGAUUGUGCUGAGCAAGCUGAACGCGGCCGACCUCAGCACCCAGAAGGAGACCACGUGGCGGACGGGGCUGCGGAAGAACUUCUACGGGAACUGCUUUGUCAUCUGUGGGGUCCUGUACGCAGUUGACAGCUACAACAAGAGGAAUGCCAACAUCUCCUAUGCCUUUGACACGCACACCAACACGCAGAUCAUCCCCCGGCUGCUCUUUGAGAAUGAGUAUGCAUACACCACACAGAUAGACUAUAACCCCAAGGACCGCCUGCUCUACGCCUGGGACAAUGGGCACCAAGUCACCUACCAUGUCAUCUUUGCCUAUUGAGACCCCCUGCCACAGUGGGGCACUGCGAGCCAGGGGCCACCAGCACCUUUUAUUAUUAUUUUUAUUGUUAUUAUUGUUAUUUUGUACAAAUCAAAGAGUAAAUGAUGGAUUUUUAAGCUGUUUUUUAUGGCGGAUUGUAGAUCGAUCCCAGGCCAGAACUCCCCCCUUAGUCUUUGCUGUAACCUUGC